CAACCCGAUACAGUCAUUUUCUCACCUACAAAAACAAGCGAGAGAGAGUAUUUUCUUCGGUGUGAAAACAGAGCAACGAUUUUCUCACACUCCUCUCUCUCCCUCCAAAUUCCGCCAUGGGAAAGCUCUUCGAAGGCUCUGUCCUCGACCCUCUCCCUCCUCUUUCUCCCCUAACCCUCUCCAAUCUUUCAAAAUCCCAAGAAAUUCCUUUCCAGACCGACGACGGAUCGCCCGAAGAGCAGCUUAAAGAUUGGGAAACCGUCUCCGGCUUGCAAGCUUCGCAGAGGCGAGUCUUAAAGACUCUAUCCUCUCGUGGGGUCUUCUGGAAGCACCCUUCCAAGCCCAUUGCAGAGCUUUUCCUUCUUUUUCAUGGGGGAGACGUCGGUGCCGAUGGGAAUUGCCUCUUCUCUUCUGCAAGCAGAGCUCUCAGGUUUGAAGGGUCUCCUUCAGAUCUAAGGAGACGCGUGGUUGAGAGAUUUUCUGAGGAUUAUGAUGCUGGAGUCUUUCCCAAGGGAGAAACCGAUGUCACGAUUCGUAAUCUCUACCGACCUGAUUUGGAGCUGGGUUGGGGCGUCCAUUUCGUUCAGGAAAUGAAGAUUUUGGCCCGGAAGAGGGAUCGUGAGAACCUCGAUGCAUCCAUCAAUGAUCUGGUUCGUGUGGGACUAUCCAGAGUAGCCGCGGCAGAGAGUGUGUAUAAGGAGAGAUGCAUUUCGGUGGAAAACGGAGAUAGCUGGGCGAAAUACAUGUCCAUAACGGGCAAUACGGACGACGAAUACGAUAUCGUAUCGUUGCAUUAUACGGAGGAAGGGCUUCUAUCCGUCGACGAGAACCGAAACGGCAGAGCAGCUGCCUUUGGAGACGAUAUCGCCAUCGAAACUCUCGCCACCGAAUUCCAGAGGGAGAUUUUCGUGGUUCAAGUACAUGGUUCUGAUGCAACGUUGGAUGAGGAGGCCAUGCUCUUUUUUCUGCCACAUCAGCCACGUGGCCAGAUCACAGGCCCCCCAAUUUUCCUCUUCAUGAGAGGCACGGGUUGGUGCGGUGCCGGUGCGGAUCAUUACGAGCCGUUGAUUGCACGUGCGGCUCCGAUUGUUUCGAAGGAGAAGGCCGUCGUAGUUUUAUGACAGGACAUCUUCUCUGGAUUUCUAAUUUUUUUAAUUUUUUCGUUCGUUGAUGAUUUUGGUAAUUUUCGCCCGUCUGGGAAUUCAUUCAAAUUGUAGAAAGUUAUUGAUUUUCCAAUGUGUGUAUAUUUAUGAAAUGACCAAAUUGACCUCGA